AUGAUGCUGUGGCUGCUGCUGCUGCAGGUCUGGGCGAGCUGCCUCUGGCUGGGACAGGGCGAGGUGGUGCCAUCCUUUGCAAGCUGUCCACAGUUUUUCUACCAGAACAUCAUCCCAGAUAAUGCCCUGACGCCGCUGAACCCAGCCUGGAUCUGCCAGACCUUAAGCAACCAGCAAUUCUUUGCCACCUUGUAUAACAAAGACAAGCGUAUUCCUGUGUACUCUGCUUACAUCUACAAGCGUGAAACUGGAGAGAGACCUUCACUACAAUGGAUGGUGGAGCCCCAGCUGAUACAUUCAAAUUUUUCCAAAAACAUGCAAACAGUGGCAACCCUCAGAAAUAUAACCGAUGUCACAGAAGAGGAGAUCAUGGCUAGUGAGGCUGUCAAUGAAGACUAUGAGGGCAGCGGUUGGGACCGUGGCCAUUUGAACCCCAGUGGCCAACACAACAGUCUGAUAAACAGGAAUGCGACCUUCACUCUCACCAACGCAGUGCCCAUGUACCCAACACUCAACCGAGGCCAGUGGAAAAUCUACGAGCAGCAAACGAUGCGCAGUAAAACAGAGAACUGUCCAACCACCUACGUCAUUGUGGGGGCUGUGCCUGGGAACUCCUCCAUCAACAAGGACAGGGUGAAUAUACCCAACUACGUCUGGGCCGGUGCCUGCUGCAAGACCACCAACAACACCGUGAUUGCUUGGGGAGCCAUUGCCCGGAACAACGAGAACACUGUCCAGGUCCUCAAGCUGGGGGAAUUGGAGAGAAACUUGACCAGGCUGUAUAACAGCGGAGCGGUUUCUCUGUUCCAUGUGGACUGUCCCCGUACAUAA